CCGUCCCGCCGAGGCCCAGUGUCCCGGCCUAGUGCCGGGCUGCGGCGCGGAGCUGCCCCCGGCUCUGCCGCCCCGCCUCCGCUGCGGCGCCCAAUAGCUGGGGCUGGGGGCGGGGCCCGGCCGUCGCCCCUCCCCGCUCCCCGACGGGCGGGGCCGGGCCGCUGCCGCUGCUGCGGGCGGAGGCCGGACAAUGGCGGCUGGGGCCCAGAUCCAGACAAGGCCUUGGUGUGAGGAAUUCCAUGAGAGCAAUGUGAUCUAGUGGCCAGAGCACUGGACUGGGGCUUGGGGUACCAGCGUUCUGUUCCCAGCUCUGCCACUGGCCUGCUGGGUCACCUUGGGGAGGAUGGUUAACCCUUGGAACAAACUCCCAAGAAAAGUAGUGGAUUCUCCAUUUGAACUCCAGAUUCGAUGUCUUUCUGGAAGAUGCUUUAGUCAAACACAAGUGAUUGGACUCAAUACAAAAGGAUCUGAAUCACCUCCAGCUCUCUGCAUGCUGUUCCCUGGCUCUGAAAAUGCCUCUGUCCAUCCCCCACUUAGUCUGCCAGUGCUGCUUUUGGUGCAGAAGUGCCACACGACGGGCAUUUUCUACCACACUCUCAAACUGGUCUGUCCGCAGCAAUUACUAUGACCUGCUGGGAGUCAAACAAGACGCCACCAUGGAAGAGAUCAAGCAAGCCUUCUUCGCCAAGUCAAAGAAGCUGCACCCCGACAGCAACCCCAACAACCCUGACCUGCACAGCCAGUUCAUCCAGCUGAACCAGGCCUACCAGGUGCUGAGCAAGGAGGGCAGUAGGAGGCUCUAUGACAGCCAGCGGGCCUGGCAUGCAGCCUGGCCCACCACAGGCAGCAGCCCCAAGCACAGCCCCUUUGACUUCACAGACCAGAGACCCAGGCCUAGUACCAGCAGCCGAGGGCCUGACGAGAACAUUCGCUAUUGGGAGCAGUUCCAUACCCACCGCGCCGAGACCUUCUCAGGCACCCAGGCCAAGCAGAGGCAACGCCGUAACCAGCAGUUCUUCGGCUACUGCCUCCUCCUCAUGCUGGCCAGCAUGGCCACCCACUACAUGGCCUACAGGAAGCUGGAGGAGGUGCACAACAGCUUCAUGGACGAGAAGGACAAGCUCAUAACCAGCAUCUACAAUGAAUCCAAGGAGCGGGCCAGGGUCAAUGGCUUCCAGAAGCAGCAGGAGCUCCUGCGCCAGAAACACGCUGAGUUCACACAGCGCUACCGCAUCCGGCCCAGUGGGGACAGUGCCCAGAAGUGACAGGCACUCUGGACACUAUAUGGGGGGGACUGGGUGUCACAGAUGCUGUAUGGGGAACACCUCACACACACACUUGUGCCCUCCCUUCAAUAAAUCACUGCCCAUGGCCCCAGUGCCAUUAGCCUUC